UGUAUGAAGAAUGAAAUUCGAAAAAAAACAAACUUUCUUACUUUUCAAUAGUCAUUUGAAUUCAAUUCGAGCAAUCAAACCAUAUUCUAUUCAAAAGGUUCGGAAUAUUUUAUUUCGUUUAUAAUAAUAGUGGCAUGUGUGCAAAAAAUUUGUUAUGCCUUUGUGCAGGCUGGCACGUUGUGCAUGUCUUCCUUCAGAUGUCAUAGAAGACACUAUGACCCGCCAAAGACAUGUGUAUGAGACGGCAUUUGAUUGUCGUAUCAGUAAGUCUGACGAUGAUCUCGAUGAAAUGGAUAAAUUAUCAAACCAUCCUUGCUUACUACCAAGCAGUGCAGUAAUGAAACCGAAUUGCAAUAGAUCGACUUUUGCCCGGAAAGCCUCUCAGGAAAACGUUAACGAAAUCGAAGAUGACAAUAAAUCGAUGUCCAUUUUGUCACAAAAGUUGCAAGACGUUCAUGUAAAACCAUCCGCAGAAUCUUCCAUUUCUUUGUCUUUAUACAAAUCUUCACCUCCGUCCACUGUUCCACUCCGGGCGAAAUUCCAUGGUAAAGAAAUGGUGACAAACAACGUUCAGAGUGCUCCAAAUCUUUCAAUUUCCCGAAAGAAUAAAGCAAAGUUGUUUCAUCUUCCUAUCCAGUCCCUCCGAGUAAAGAAUUCAACGACAGCUUUAGGAAGUUUAAAUAGUGAUAACAAUGACUUUCAAGUCGAAAUUCAUCAAGAAGAUACACCGUCUCAGUACAGCGAUGAUAAGAAAAUGACAAGCAGAGUUAUGGAAAUUAAAGAUAGGCCAUUACAUAAACCACUUUUCUUUCAAAGACACAAUCGAAGCAAAAAUCAGCCACGGAAUGUGUUGGAGUUAAAAGGAAGAAGAAGACAUCAAAAGUUCUCAAGUACAGAAAGUAUGACCACCAGUAGUAGCGGUGGAAGUAUGGAAAGUCUUCGAAGUAGUACUAGCGAAGGAAAUCGUAGCACUACAAGCAGUGAGAGCCGUCAUUCUUCUUCAUUAAGUUCUCAUGAAUCUGAAUCUGGUGAUGCUACUAAUUACGGCGUUUCGUUGACGUUAAAAUUUAUGUCGCACGCAAAUAAAAUGCAUAUCUUAAGUCCCAUUUCGGACAAAUCUUCCCAGGAACCGGCCUCCGAAACUUCAGAUAACAAUCGAAAUAAUUUUUCUCAAAAAUGCUCUCCCGAUGAAGUAACCACACCUGAAAACAUGAAAGCAAAACGUAGGCUACCUCAGAAUAAAAACUUGCUUAAUUUGGGCCUUCGUUUCGGAGAUCCUGAAAUCCAAGGAUCCGAUAGCGGCAUUUCGAUUCAGUCGAGGGAAGGAAGGAGGAAAAAUAUGUCCCCAAGUGUACCUGCCUCCGAUAGCCCUACCUCCAACUAUUUAAAAGAACUGCCGUUCGAUAUGCCAAAGUUAAGAAGAAGACUGCGUGUACAGCAAAGUUAUGUUGAACCUAGUUUGUCCCAGGCAUCCUCUAGUCAAAGUAUUACUCUACCCGAUUUUAAAGGCCCAGAAUUCAAACCAAAAUUAGCAUUAAACUUGAGCGACCCUGACAAAAUAAAAAGUUCAAAUUUAGGAUUACCUCUUAAACCUUCACAUUUUACCUCAACCGACAGUCUUUUUGAUGUCAAUUUGCCGUUGGAGAAACAAGGUUGGUUCCACGGAGCUAUUAGUCGAGUGGAGGCUGAACAGGUACUACAGGACCUCAAAGAAGGGAGCUUUCUAGUUAGGCAUAGUGGUUCGUCGCGAGAAAGUUAUUCAUUGUCGUUAAAAAGUACAAGAGGUUUCCUACACGUAAAAAUUCGGAAAAGUGGAAACGAUGACGUAUUUACACUUGGGAACACAAGCAACCCCUUUAAAUCAAUACCAGAAGCAAUUCAGCAUUUCACAGCGAACCGUCUACCGAUUCCGGGAGCUGGACAUAUGCACCUGAUGCAACCAGUUAUCUUGCAACUGUUAUGAUCCAAACUAAUAAGCUUUAAUUUACUGUCGUUUGAUUAUUUGAAAGGCCAAAACUAUACUUUUUAUAUGUAAUCGGCCGAUGCGAAGUUUCUUUAAUUUUUAUUUUUGAAAUUAAAAAUUUUAACAUUAAUUAGCGAAAGUACACUUUUCCUACAGGAACUUAAAAUUUUCUUUUAAUGAAAAAUUACAAGGUACUUAUCUAUAUAUUCUAUAUCAUUGCAUUGAAACAAUUAAUCAAUCGUGUAACAGUAUUCCUGUAUGCUUCCAUCCAAACUGCAAUGAUAAAAUAUACAGGGUGGAUCACGUUGAUAUGAUAAAUCUUUGUAUUUACGUAAAUUAUAAUGUUCCUAAUCAACCGCUGCCGUCCGUUCGGUGGAUUAAAUUGUAAAAAAGGCUUUAAUAUGUAUAUAUUCUGCUCAGUAUAUUUUUAAUUUUAUUUUAUUCAAUUAUGUUUUUCUAUUAAAGUCUCAUCAAUGAUUUAUGAAAUUGCCUGUCUAUUUAGGUAUCAUUCAUAAAAUACGUACAUAAAGAAGGGGCGGAAGAACAGUUGCUUAACGUGAUGAUAAAUAACGAUGAGGGUGAAGGGGAAUCGAACAAACAUGACGUGAAAAGGCGUUUAAUUUUAUUCUAAUGAUUGAAGCGUGUCAUAUGCAAAAUAUUUUUUUUUGGGAGUACUUUUAUACGAGAAAACGGAUUUAAUAGGUGCCAUACUUCGCCAGCUAAUUUUUUAUAAGGACUAACUAAAGUUAAUUAAAUUGAGUGUUUUUAAUUCAGCUAGUACGCUGGUUACUAAGAUCAACUUUAUUUGUAGAGAGGGAUGAUGUUAAUGAACACGCUUUGUGAGAUAACAGACAUUCAAAAUAACAAACGAUUAUUUUUUUAUUGCUUUGCUAAUUUUACUAAAUUUAGUCAGCCACUCAACAAUAAAUCUACUAUUAAUUAUUAUCUUAACAUUAUAGCUAUCUAACAUGUAAUGUAAUCUUUUGAAAGAGGUAGGGAGUUGAAAACAAUGUAUAAUGCAGUGUGACAAACUGGGAUAUACAGGACAAAAAUGCAUAAAUUAACGUGAAUGUGGAUGACACUGAUGGCACUUUAAUGUAAGCUCUGAAUAGAUGCCAGCAUUCGUUUAAUACCAUUACUUUCGUCAAUUUUUUCGUUAUUUUACUAUUACAAAAGGAUCUCCGUGUAUAAUUAAUUCAUCUUUCUGGUAAAAUCAGCAUUAAUUUAAAAUCAAAUAUAAGAAUUUGAACGAAGAAGGAGUUAUGAAACAAGUAAACCGAUUAACGAUCCACCCUGUAGAUAUAUAAAAACAACAAAAUAAUUAAUAUUUAUACAGAACUUUUUUGUAAAGUCAGUCACAAAGUUUCAGUUUCAGCAUGAAAUUAGGAUGUCAGCUUUUAAUCGUUAUUGUUAUAAAUUAGGCACUCAUUCUCCACAGUUUUUUUUAACAUUAUUUAUGAAGUUAUAUUUAAAAAUUGACAAUGCAAAUUUUCCUCAUAAAAAUGUACAUACGUAUGUAAAAACAUAAAAUUGCUUUUUCGGUUUUCCAGUAUGGUCUUCCAGCACUCUUUAAAAAUAAUAAUAAUAGAAAGAGGUAAUAGUAUUUUUACAAUGUUCAGUGAAACAUGAUAACAGCAAUAGGAAUGUAAUAAUUUAGCAAGUUAAAGAAAAACAAAUAAUCAGGUACUUCAUUUAAACAAACUGCACACUUUUUAAUAAAAGCCAUAAAUGCACUUUUUACAAUGCACCCUUUUUAUGUAUAAUAUUUUGUAAAAAGUAUAUACAUCAAAUCUAAAUGGGUAUACCUAACGAUUAAAAAAUAUUUGCAACAUAUACGUUCCCACAAAAGAACGAUUUUAUUUAAUCAAGCCUUUUGACCUAAUACAGGAUUAAUAUUCUAGAUUUAUCAGUUUCCAUUCUUCAAAUAAAAAUGAAACUAUACAGUAAU